CAAAUAUUUUAUCGUUAUAAUGAACGUGUUGAUAUUUAAUUUUUAUUCGUCAAAAUGUGAUUUUGAUAUAGAAGAAGGCUCCCAAUGUUCUGACGGCCGCGGUAAGAAUGGGACGUGUGUGAACGCCUGCCAAUGUCUGUCCAUGAUACAAGAUGUCAAAAAGAAGAGCUAUCCGCAGAUCUGCUCGUUCCAAGGCAAUGUCCCCAUCGUGUGUUGCACCGACUGCGAGAAGGUCAGGCAUAUAAACCACGCUAUCGUGGACAAAUUAGGAGGAAUACACUUCAGGACCGGACGGAAAGCUUAUGAUGUAUGUCUGGAACAUCUGGCUAACCUGCCCUACGAAGGCUGCGGUCCUACAUCAGGACUGGUGAAGCUCUGGCACGAGCAGGAGCAGUGCUACAAGUACUCCCAUAGAUACGGAGUGUAUGCAGCACAUAUUGGACAGGACGCUAGGAGGGGACAGUUUCCGCAUAUGGCGUUGCUCGGCUACGGCGGGUCGAUGGACACAGCGGACUGGCUGUGUGGCGGCUCAUUAAUCAGUGACCGGUUCAUACUUACUGCUGGACACUGCAUCUCUAGUGCUGUGCUUGGUAAAGUCCGUUUCGUAGCGAUGGGUAUCCUACGACGGACUGACCCGCCGGAGCGCUGGCACCGGUACCACGUGUCCCGUAUAGUGCCACAUCCUGACUACCACGCGCCCUCCAAGUACCACGAUAUAGCUCUGCUGGAAACUAGUACAAGGGUAACGUUCAACCUUCACGUGUACCCAGCGUGCCUGAACAUCGACGAUCACUUCCUCGGAGUGGUCACUGCCACCGGCUGGGGGGCGCUCGGACAUAAUAUGGAGCUCGCUGACACGUUGCAAGCUGUCUCCCUCCAGUCGUACUACGAGGAAGUGUGCGCAGUCCACUACCCCCCACAUCGCCACCUACUGACUGGCUUCAACGGCACUAUACAGAUGUGCUAUGGAGACGAGUUGGGGGCUAGAGACACUUGCGAGGGUGACAGUGGAGGUCCCUUACAAGCCAAGCCGGUCCUCUCGCGAUGUCUGCACACAGUGAUAGGAGUGACGUCAUACGGUCGAAACUGUGGCUACUCCGGUCAACCGGGCAUCUAUACUCGAGUCCGAUUCUAUGUGCCGUGGAUUGAAAGUAUUGUGUGGCCGGAUUAGGUCGGACGAAAUUGGCGCUAGCGUCGAAUUUGGGACUCAUUUUAAGAAUUGAGGAAAAGUGAAGAUUUCUCGAUGUUAUGUCUUAAUACUGAAAGGCUAUUAAAUUUUAAGUCGCGCUCAAGUAUAGUUCUGUCUCUACAAAUUCUAUGUAAAAUGACAGAGACAGCAUUAUAUUUAAGUACAAGUUAAAAUUCAGUAGCCUUUCAGUAUUCGAGCGUAUUGGGAAUUUGAACAGUGUUUAGCUAAAAGAUACAUAUGUUUUCACUUGUAUAGUGCGUAGGUACCUUUCCAAAUAUACAACUUCACAUACACAUGACACUCAGACCUGAAACAACAAUUUGCGGAGCACACAAAGAUUUGCUCCGUGCGGGAAUCGAACCUCCUACAAGUUGCAGCAGCAUCCGGUUGUGUUCGCAACGAGUGUGUUUCCUUCGUAGAAAUUGUCGGGCCUUCGGGGUCCCCUGGGCAAAGGGUCCGAGUGCCCUUAUGGUAAAGACGGUACUGCCACUAAGGUUUCUGCCUCGAAUUUUGGGGACGGCGGCGCGGCGGGCACCGCUCGUUGCCCACUACCCCCGCCGCUGUUUUCGAGAAGCGGUAUCCGGUAACCGAUAUAACUUCACUUUUUAUAUUUUUGUUGACGUUCAAAGUGCCUUUCUGGUCUAACUGAAAUAAAUGAUUUUGACUUUGUGAAAUGAACCGGCAUUUGAUUUUACGCAUAAUAUGCUGCCGCUCUCGCGCCGCCGCCCCGCUGCCCGCAAAAUUCGAGGCAGAGACCUAAAAGAAGUUUAAAAGCAUUUUGUUUUAAAAAUGUGACAUAGGUAGGUAAUGAAACUUUAUAGUUGAUGUAAAUAUUUUAUUAGUGUAAUAAAUUAAGUGGUUUAAUUAUCACCACGGCUGACUAGAUGAGUACAGAUUAUUAUUAUAAGAUGCUACAUGUAUGUAGGUACUUAAUCUAUCUACAAUCUUGACUACUAUUGCUCUUAUCAGACGAACCGCAUUUCAACUGCAAUCUAACUGCAAAUUGCAGUUCGGAUACAGUCUGAACACAGUUGACACGACUGCAACAGAACUGCAAUCGGACUGCUCGUUUGCUUUGCAGCCGUUUGAUCAUGACUGCAACAGAACUGCACGUUUGGUUUGCAACUGUUUGGUCAUGACUGCAAUAGAGCUGCAAUUGGACUGCAUGUUUGGUUUGCAACUGUUUGGUCAUGACUGCAAUAGAACUGCAAUUGGACUGCUCGUUUGGUUUGCAGCUGUUUGGUCAUGACUGCAACAGAACUGCAAUUGGACUGCAUGUUUGGUUUGCAACUGUUUGGUCAUGACUGCAAUAGAACUGCAAUUGGACUGCUCGUUUGGUUUGCUACUGUUUAGUCAUGACUGUAAUAGAACUGCGAUCGGACUGCACGUUUGGUUUGCAACUGUUUGGUCAUGACUGCAAUAGAACUGCAAUUGGACUGCUCGUUUGGU